AUGCUUGCCUUUGACCACUUGAUUCACGUUCUUUGGGCCUUCGCCGCCUCGUCCCUCGUUACUCGAGUACAAGGGGCCGCCAUCAACAUCAACAAUCAACACGAGUUGGGCGCCAGAGGGGACUCGCCGUACGAGCCGUCUUGCGGCGACGUCCAGACAACAAUCGGCUGGCAGCCGAUCAGUUGGGAGCUUAUCCCCAAGAACGGGACUUCCGACGUCAUUCGUCUCAGUGAGGACAGGUACUGCUGCGGUGGCAUCUGCCCAAACUUCAUAAAGACGCAGACGCAUACUGUGACGACGACUUGGUCCAACUCUGUCCAGGCAUCGUUUGGCAUCAACACCCUCCAGGCAGGCCAAGGGCUCUUGAGCAAGGCCGCCGCCAAGUUUGACUUUGGAGACACGUACACCUACUCGGAGUCCGUGUCAUCCGCCGACCUCACGACAGACGAGUGCAAAGACAAGCCGACCCGUAGCGGGCUCAACUGCCAAGCUGUGGUCGUCCAGCCCUACUUUCUCCGCAUCUACUACAACGCUCAGGUGUACAAGACUCAGACCUGCGAGAGGCCGCAUCUGAAGACGGAGGAAAUCCCAGGCUCGCGAUUCUCUGUCACCAACGAGUAUGUUGACAUCCCCAAGAAACGCAUCGACACGAACGGCAAGGAGGUCCCGGACGGCAUCUUCGACUGCUGGGGCGAAUGCCAGAGGGCCGACCCCAACUACUGCUCCGGCGCGAGCCCGAGCAGCAGCCCAAGCCCAAUCCCCCAGCAGCAGGGAGACGGCAAGCGUACCGCCGGCCGGACCCGUACCAGACAGCGGUAG